GCCAGCGGGGAAGAAAGGAGCAGAGCGGGCGGAAGGCGCCCUCCCCGCCGCUUGGGCCCGGGCACUGGGUGCCGGGCCCGGGGUCCUUCCCGCCUCCCGCGGCCGCCGGCCGCUUUGUUUCCCCAGCCUCUGCGCUCCGGGCCACUCGAGAGGGGCUCCCGCCGAGGCUGCGCCGGGAACGCACGGCAGGAAGGGCGGCAGACCGCGCCGGGACUCGCAGGGACCCAGGAGUCCGGCCGCGAGGAGGGCCGCGUGACGAGAUCGAGGAGGGAGCCAGAGCCCGUGGCCCCGGGUUGCGCCCCGGGGGGGAGGGCGUGAGCAGAGACCUCCCCGUCGACGGGGGGCGAUGUUCCCCUCGCCCGCGGGGACUCCGGGCAGACAGGGCAUCCCGCCGCUGGGACCAGGGCCCCCCCAGUGGGCACCCCCCCAAGCGGCUCCAUGGAGACACUGUGCCCCGCACCCCGCCUCUCAGUGCCGGCGUCCCCGCGAGGGUCGCCCUGUUCCCCCGCGCCCCGGAAGCCGCGUCGGGGGACCCAGGAGUUCUCGCCGCUGUGCCUGCGUGCCCUCGCCUUCUGCGCCCUUGCCAAGCCCCGGGCGCCCCCUCUGGGCCUGGAGCCUGGGGAGCUGGCGCCGAGGGCCCCCGUGCUGCUGGGCCCUCACGCCCCCCUGUGCGCCGGCGGCUGGUUCCCGGAUGGCCUGAAGCACCUCGGGGGACAGGCCGGCCCGUGCGGCGAACCGAGCUCCCCGGCCGGCGAGGAUGCCGCGGUCGCCGUGGCCCGGGGCCGCUGCGAGGAGGAAGAGGGCGGAGGCCGUUUCCCGCACUUCGGCGCUCGCUCCUGCGCACCUCCGGCCGGCGGCCCGGCUCCCCGGCGCUCUCGGGAACCGCCGGCCAGCUCCGCCCCAGCUCCAGCUAGGCCAGCCCCGGGGCUCGAGUCCCAGCCUGGCCGCGCCGCCAGCCCGCCUCAGGAGCCCGCUCCCCGGCCUCCGCCGCCACCUGCGGGCCUCUCCACCGAGGCUGCGGGUCCAGGGCCCGUGCCGCAGCCGCGCCUGUCGGGCCCGCCGGCCGCAGUCGACGAAAACCCCCCGCCCGCCGCCUCCGAGGCCGCCGCCACGAGCCCCUCGACGGCCAGCGGAGCUCCGACCGCGCCCGGCGACCUCCGCCAGGAACAUUUCGAUCGUCUGAUCCGCCGGUCGAAACUGUGGUGCUAUGCGAAGGGCUUCGCCCUGGACACGCCGAGCUUGCGUCGGGGGCCCGAGCGGCAGCCUGCGAAAGGGCCCGCCCGGGGAGCCGCCAAGAAGCGCCGGCGGCCGCCGCCUCCCCCGCGCCCCGCGCAGCCCCGCCGCCCGGCCCCGACGCUCCCCACCGCGAGCACCUUCAGCCUCCUGGACUGCUUCCCUUGCCCCCCGGCCCUGGUGGUGGGGGAGGACGGAGACUUGGGGCCGGCGUCCUCGCUUCGAGUGCAGGGAGACUCUAAGCCCCCGCCUGCCCACCCGCUGUGGAGGUGGCAGAUGGGGGGUCCCGCUGUCCCUGAGCCCCCCGGCCUCAAAUUCUGGGGGAUCAAUUUGGAGAAACUCUGAGCGUGGAACUUCUUCUGCUAAGGGGGGAAAGUCGGGGCCACUGCCAAACUGAGGGCGCGAGGAGAGAGCCUGGGUCUCACGUUUUACCGGUCCCCUUCCCUUACGUUUUAUAGCUUUGGGCAGAGGGACCUCAAAUGACAGUGAUUUUCAAGCACCUAAGUUAUGAAGUGACACCCCAUCCCCCAUCCUUUGGAGAGGGACCCAGAGCUGGAGCCGAGAGAAGGCUUAACCAAGAAGGGCUUAGUGAUUCCAUUCCCUCCCUUCUUCCAGCUUGGAUCUCUGGGGGCAAGGCCUCCACCUCAGGGGGAGUAAAGGAGGCCACAGCUUAAAGACCAAAAAAAAAAAAAAAAAAAAGAGAGAGAGAGAGAGUGACUUUGGGGAUGGACAAACCGGUUGUUUCUGUGGCCAAGCCUAAGGAUGAGGGGUCUGUGGUGGGGGUGGGGAGGUGAUUGGCAGCUCCCUGGGGGCAUCCCCCACCCCCACCAUCCAGGCCUUUAACCCUUCACUCCCCUCAGGCCUUCCUCAGCGCUCCCAGAGCCUAAUGGGGGAGGAGGCAAGGGGGAACUACCACCGUCCUGUUCCCAUCCUAGGGCUCCCAAAUUCAGGUGACCCCUAGUUGGCGGGAUCUUCAGUCUUAGCCACCUCCCUAUCACUUUGGUCCAGUUUUGGAGUCUCCCCGGCAAUGUUCCCUCAUUUGCUUUUGGUUUAUAAGGUAUGGGUGAAAGAGAGCCACCCCCUUGAGGAAUCAGACCCCCUCUCCUCAGUUUACUCCUCAGAGGAAAACUGAUUAGCUGAGACAGGGCUGAGCCUCCCUCACCCCUCCGAAAGUGUAGACUUUGCCUGGAGAAGGGGCAAGAGACUGUCCCAGGGAAAGUAAUGGAAGCUGGAAGAGAUCAAUAAAAUCAGACCAAACAAGUUGCCUUUCGAGCUCUUCUGCACCGAUUUAUAGACCAGAGUGGGGUGGGGGGUGAAGGUAGAGGACAGGCCUAGGUCCACAUCUUGGGCACCUGAACUCAGCCCUCUGAAAGGGCAGAGGCAAAAUUAGCUGCUUUAUGCGGAUGGGCUUUUCUGCUCUUGGCCUAACCACAAGGGCCCAGUGGGGUUUUAUGAAGGGGCAAAGUUGGGGUUUGGGUGGGAACUAGGGUGAAGUACCUUCUGCUUCCUCUCUAGGCCUUAGGCAUUUCGGGAGUUGUCAGGGAUCUGAUGGAUCCGAAGGGGGCAGGGUCAGGGGAUUAUGUUUGGAGCCAGAGGUUCUGUUUUCUGGGGGGAGGGGAGAAAUAGGCCUGAACUUUGCCCUCAGGCAAAUAAGAUCCCCUAAAGUCAAGGAGGGGUGGAGCCCCUUUCUCCUCCACCCAGGUGAGGUCAGAGGAGGUUAACUCAGCCCGUUUGGGAGAUUCUAAGUAUAUAGGUGUGAGGGGAAGCUGGGGGUUGCUGACCUGCUUAGCAAUUGAAGGACCCAGUGACCUUUUUGCCUACACUAGUGAAUAUUCUCCCCUUUCCCCCCAAAAUGGGGCAAGGGAGGAACAAUUCCCAUAUACGACACUGGGGAAGGACUUGUCUCCUUUUCUGUGAAAAUGCUUUGUAAAAAGUUGUUAUUGUUUGUAUAGAGCAGAUUCUCGAGAGAAACUGUUUUGGACCACAAAAGUUUUGUUUGUUUUAA